AUGGCGUCUCAAGACUUGUUCGAGGAUUUCAAGAAAAGCAAGGCUGCGCUGGAAAAAGUUCACUAUGACAUGGUAAAAUACUUCGAUGAAAUCGUUCGAAAGCUUUCCAAUAAAGGUAUUGCAGAUGUUGCAGAAGAACUUCGCUACAAAACCUCGCCCGUGCAAGCUUCUCCAGAAGAAAUUCGAGUAAUGGCUCAAACAGCGGCAAUGGCGGAUGUUCAUCUGGAGUUCGAUGACACCCUUGCUGAGCUGCUUUACACAGCUAAGGAGAAGAAGGAAGUUACCGAUUUGUUCGAUCAGGAGCCGGCACUCAUUUUUGUCGGGCAAAUCAACUGCGGGAAAAGCUCCAUAAUCAACGAGCUCCUAGGUUGUAAAGCGCUUCCUACAUCAGAUCAACCGAGCACCGCGCGAAUUGUUCGCGUUUGCUACGCCGAGGAACCUUAUUGUCGCCUGGUUGACACACAUGGUAAAACCUUAGAAGAGAUAAAGAUGAUGGGCAAGGAGGGAAACAGAAUCCCUCGAGAGAAGAUCGAGCUCGGACCAAAUGAUCGUGACGACCCUAGAAGAGUGGGGGCGAUCGUAGAGACCGGUAUAAAUAUCGAGUUCUUGAAGUGUGGUAUAACCAUCAUAGACUCCCCUGGAAUAAAUGAAAGUGAAGCGCUGGACAACUUGGUAAAAGAGCAGCUGGAAAAUCCUCUGGCGUUUGUUAUAUACGUGGUGGAUGGACAUAAUCUUUUCACAAAGCAGGUAAGGUUUUUGUUGUCAAUACGAUCGAUUCCUCGAUUGGUUACAAUUUGUAUUUCCGGUUUGUAUUGAGUGCCGUAUUUUGUAAGUCACUUGGACGUGGUGGAUGGACAUAAUCUUUUUACAAAGCAGGUAAGGUUUUCGUUGUCAACACGAUCGAUUCCUCGAUUGGUUACAAUUCCUCAAUUGGUUACAAUUCCUCAAUUGGUUACAAACCAAUUAUUUAACCAAUAUUCCUCAAUUGGUUACAAACCCCCCCGGUCCAAAUCCGCGAGCAAAUGUCAUAAAAUAAGGUCCCCUGUGAAGUUCGUGCUGAAAGCAAACACCUAGUGUAAAAGUGUUUAUUAGGUCCUACUAAACAUGAAAAGUUUUGGUGCCAGCUUUGCCACUUGCCCAGAUGGCUUUUAAGGGGGGUUAAAUUCUGACCCAUGAAAUCCAGCGUGAAAACGAGGCUAAAACACAUAAUUCCUCAUAACUUUGUUAAUAACAGACGAAAAUACACCAAACUUGCUCACAUGAUUAGGCAUGAUCCUCCCUGUUGAUUUGUGCUAAUUUACAUAGGUCACGUGACCUUGCGCAUGAAAGCGAGGCUGAAACACAUAAUUUACUAUAAAUUUGUCCAAAAAAAUCCUUAUCAUGCCAAACUUGCUUACCUUAGUCAGUUAGACAUCUUGCAUCGAUUGGUGCCACUUUGUAGUGUCACGUGACCCCAUACAUGGAAAUGAGGCUGAAUUGCAAAACACGCCAAAGGUGAACACAUCAUCCAGGACAAUAGCGUUGACUCAUUGUAAUGCACAUUAAUGCUGUAUGUAUAGCAUUUUAAUGAAAAAAAUAAAAGCUAAAAAGGUGUAAUGAUAAUGUAUACACAAGAAGAAGCCGACACGAAGAUUAUUGUACAUGCUCUGGAUGCCUCUGCUCGAGGUGCUACCCAACUAUCUAUAUAUUCUCCUGACACUGAUGUUCUUGUUUUGGCUCUCCGACGGUAUCCAGAUUUGUGCUCCAACUCUUGCUUUGUUACUGGGACCGGCAGUAGUCUUAGAGUUAUCAACUUGAAGUCAAUCGCAGACGCCCUUGGGCCCACUAAGACGGCUGCACUGCCAGCAUUUCAUGCAUUGACCGGAGCAGAUGUUACUGGGAGUUUCUCUGGAAAGGGAAAAGCCACCUGUUGGGAUGAGUUUGAUAACGCCAGCACUCCUAUCUUGCAAGCUCUUGUUAACCUCGGUUGUGGGGAACAGCCAGAUGACGGCUCAAGAAGUGGAGUGGAACAGCAGGUUUGUCGGAUGUACCAACCAAAGACAGACAUCAAAACUGUCAAAGCCCUCAGAUGGUCCCUCUCUAAGAAAAAUCAAGCUGAGUCUGAGAGGUUGCCGCCCACACAAGCUGCUCUCCAUCAAGCCAUACUAAGAGCGCACUACCAGCUUCUUGUUUGGAACAACGAUCAUGUAGCAAACCCGGUGUUGCCCUCACCAGAAGGCUAUGGAUGGCAAGAUGAAGAUGGAAAGAGGGUACCAGUUAUGACAAAUCUUCCACCAGCUCCAGAGGCAAUUAUACAGCUUGUCCAAUGUAAGUGCGCCAAGUCCCGUUGCUCUAACAACCGUUGUCAGUGUCAAAAAGCUGGACUUGUCUGUACUGAUCUCUGUCUGUGCUCUGAAGAUUGCCAGAACGAGUAUGCUGAGAGUGAUGAUGAGUAUGAUGAAGACGAAGUCGAACAGGAAAUUCCAUAGGAAUGGACAACAGAACAAUGUAUAUAGAUAUUCAGCAAGACUUUCAUGACUGUAUAUAUAAAAUAGCAGUAGUCGCUCUUUUCUUUUUCUGCCCUUGUUCCAAUAUACAUGCGAAAAUGAAUACAUGGAACCAGUAUCAUAAGUUAGCAAAAUUAUUGAUUAUGUGUACAAGAUAGAUUCUCAAAUGGAGCCUCCGCAGUAUUUGCUUUAUCCGUCUCGUCCCUGUGCUAUGGGCCAUAGGACAAUGAUUAGUUGAAGUUUUUAUAUCUGAACUCGGAUAACCAGAUAUCUAUCUGCCUAGUAGUUGUUAGUACAUUUGGCAAGACAAAUGCCAUCCUACACGAUGCUACCAGAUAUAUCCAGACUCGUUUCCAUGUAUGGGGUCACGUGACACUACAAAGUGGCACCAAUCGAUGCAAGAUGUCUAACUGACUAAGGUGAGCAAGUUUGGCAUGAUAAGGAUUUUUUUUUGACAAAUUUAUAGUAAAUUAUGUGUUUCAGCCUCGCUUUCAUGCGUAAGAUCACGUGACCUAUGUACAUUAGCAUAAAUCAACAGGGAGGAUCAUGUUCAAUCAUGUGAGCAAGUUUGGUGUAUUUUCGUGUAUUAUUAACAAAGUUAUGAGGAAUUAUGUGUUUUAGCCUCGUUUCCAUGCUGGAUUUCAUGGGUCAGAAUUUAACCCCCCUUAAAAGCCGUCUGAGCAAGUUUCAAAGCUGGCACCAUAACUUUUCAUGUUUAGUAGGUCCUAAUGAACACUUUUACACUAGGUGCUUGCUUUCAGCACGGACUUCACACGGGACCACAUUUGCUCCCAGACUACUUGGCCGAUAAAUGAAACAAAGUAUUUAAUUGUGAGUCCGUUUGGUCCAGGGGGAAUAAUUCUCAAAUCUCUCUUCCGCAGUUCUGCAUACAUCAGCUCAAAACCCCCUGCAUCCAUUAACUUUGGGAAGGUUUCUAUGACAAGGUCUCGAAUUUCCAUUUCAUUUGAUUCCUCGGGUACAGAAAUCUUCACUUCCCCCAGACCGGCCAUCAACAAUUCCCUCUGUUCUUCAGCAUCAGGGGUCUCCGACUGAUCCAUGUCGCUCAAACAGAGAAAUUUACGUGUGAUUAUUUUACACUUUUUGGUCUUUCCCUCCGAUCCCUAGGCCUUUCGCUUUUUACCCCUUAGUGGGUUAUUCAACGUUGCAUUUAGGCGACUACUGGUAUUGCUCGGCUGAUGAUAAUGAUGUGGAAAUAACGAUUUCAGUUCCAUUUCCACCCUUGAAGAGCCAGAGGCCGUCGGUUCCACUGCUAAAGAGCUUGGAAUACUUUCAACAGUGGUCAUGACUUGUGUCGUAAGCCUUUCGGCGGCCCUUGACAGCAUCCUCGCCGCAUUUGCAGGGUCGUCCGCCAUGUUGACGGAAGAAACGCGGGAAAUGACUAGUUAUCAGGUUUUGCUCCAUAAAGAGGGCUGGUUUAGUCCCCAAACUGCUGCACCAUAUUUUUUAAAGAGCACCAUUUACAAAAAUUGACUCGAGCCAGCAUUUACAAAAGUAAAGACAUCAUUUGAGAAGAUUCUUAGCAUCAUUUAGGGAAAAAUAGCCACAGAUUAUAUAAAAUAGGGGCAGCAUUUAUGAAAACAACUGUCGACGCAGCAUUUACAAUAUUAUAGGCACCAUUUACAAAGUCGAGGUACCAUAUAAAAAAAACGAAGGCUGCAUUUACAGAAAUGUAAGUACCAUUUACGAAAAUGCAAGUACCCUUUACGAAAAAACAGAAGGGCUGAAUUUUGGUGGGAAUGGCACCUCAUACAAAUUUGGCCAGUGACGAAUCUUUCAGUUGUCGAUUUUUAUUCUCAGUCGCGAAAAAUGCCAACACCAAAGCCACUGAAUUCGUGAAUCUCGAUUUUUCUUUUUGUAUAUUGGUUGUUUCCCCUUCUAAGAAAGUUUGAACCUCACUGUCUGUCAGCGAUACGGAUUUUUUUAGUGUUUUAGCCGCCAUAAUCCGUGAAAGUUCUGACAAACUACCUUGUGCUGAGAAUCGUGAAGGCUUCGCUGUUCAUUCAUCAAUCUGACCGAGUGGCACCAAAGGCAAGUGACGUGCAGCAGCUGAUUGGCCAUCAACACACGUGAAAAAUUAUGAAAUUUUCCACGUGUGUUGUUACGGCUUUUCCCAGGGCUGGAAAUCCCUGAAUAACACCGCCGUUUAUGUGAUAAUAAUUUUUCUUUACACGGUGUUAUCAUCAAUUAAUAUAAAUUGUUAUUUUUUUCCUCGCCAGGAUAGAGAGAUCCUGAAUGAAAUGACAUCCUCAGAGACCGAUUUAUCAAUUUUUUUCGUUGUUAACAAACUGGAACCAGAAGAUCGUACCGAAUCAUCUGAUGAGGAAGAUGAACCUAGCGGUCAUGUAGCAUCAGUGAAGGCGCGGAAAGAGCGAGAGCUCGAAGUACAGAACAGCAGGAAGACACGGGUGUACCGGCGACUUGUCCAAAACGGCCAUUUUCCUUCUCAAUUGCCCAUGAAUCAAAACGAGCGAUUCCAUGGGCUGUCAGCUCGGCGCAUUAAGCAGUACCACGCUUUGAAGAAGAAAAAUCCCGAAGCUUCUUUCGAAGAGUUCGCAGAUUACACGAAAGCCUUUGAGAGAUUUCAAAACAGCUUGAAAGAGUUCGCUAAAGAAUCCUUACGUGCAAGGAUAGAGUGUGUGUGCAAAACCCUCGUGCGUGUUCUAUCCAGAUGCUUGGAUUUCUUCAUUCAGAAAGCCACCUUUUUGAAAAAUGGAAAGAAGCAAAUAUUGAAGACGUUGGAAAUACUUUUGCGCGAGGAACAGCAAGUUCACGACAACAUAAUCCGCGACCUAGAGGACGAAAAGCGGGUCAUGGAUAUAAAAGAACUCCUCAGUGAUGCCAUAAAUGGAGCCAGAGAAGACAUCCUAAAGGAGGCAGGAGAUUUUGAAUACGUGUUGACCGAAUUCACCAUUCCGUCACGUGGCCAUGUAAAAGAGAAAGCAGCUGUGGCUUACUGUCAGGACCAGAUUCAGGGGAUGGUGGUCAAUAAACUCCAGGGAGAAAUCAAGCAAAAGUUAACAAUGAUGUUAGGCUCCAGAGAGCUGUUCCUUGUUCACCUCAAAGACCGCAUAAAGCAAAUUCAAGGAGAAAUUGCCAGAGACAACGACAUUCCAUCGGCAGCACUCGCUCUUGGCAAAAGUCUUCUUUCUUCUUACGAAGCUCAAAUCACGUUUUCAAAACGUGACGGUGCAGCUCUCCGUUCCAUAAAGAAAUUAAGCGUGCGGUUCUACAAGGCAAUUCGUAAUCCGAUCAAAACAAUUAUCAAGACCAUCAGUGGAGAGGUUCAAGUUGGCUCCAAGAAAUGGAAGACAGAUGUUGCUUCAAAUGCCCUUGCGAAAGUAAAUCCAUCUGACAUGGCUCAGAAAAUCGUCACAAGCUUGAAACAGCUUUUUUGUGACUGCCAUGAAGAGUUCACCGGUGAAAUAAGAAAAGUCCAAGACUUGUUCGAUCGUGGAGAGACCAUCAAGGACAUGCAAAGGGAAACUCUUCUUGGCUUUGCUCCCAAUCUUGCACUUCUUGAGAUGCUGGCAUAUGGGGUCAUAGACAGGUUCAAGUUUGAAUUUCCAGUCAAAGGAGAGCUCAUUCGGACUGGGGCACAGGAAAGUGUCUUCGCCUGUGACAACAUUAAAACUCCAGAAGGAAGGCCCUGUGUUGUUAAGGUGGUAAGUGUCGCUUCAGAGGAGGUGCUCAAGGACUUGACCCUGGAACUUCAUAAUACCAGGUAA